AUGGCAUCUUGUCUGGCCCUGCACAUGGCGCUGCUGCUCAUCUCUGGGGUCCUAGCCCCUGUGGUGCUCACAGCAGAGGGUCCCCAGGAGCCCAGUCCCACCCUGUGGAACGAGCCCAUUGAAUUGCCGUCGGGUGAAGGUCCCUUGGAGAGCACCAGCUACAGCCAGGAACUUGCAGCCUCGGGCCCACCGUUCCCCACCUCUGCCCCAGGACCAGAGGACAACACCCCUCCUGCAGGUGUGGACCAGGACGGAGGAUCGCUCGGGCCCGGCGCCAUUGCGGCCAUCGUGAUCGCCGCCCUGCUGGCCACCUGCGUGGUGCUGGCACUCGUCGUGGUCGCGCUGAGAAAGUUUUCCGCUUCUUGA